CCGGCGGAAGCGGAAGUCGGUGUUGCCAGGGCCAGCGCUGACGCAAGCGGAAGUGUCCGGGAGAAAAGGGAAUGGCGGCGGCGGCUGGUGUCAGCGGUGUACCGGCACAAGACGAGCUGGUCCGCUCGGUCACCCUGUACCGCCGCCGGCCCCGGUUGCUCAGAGGGACCGUGCUGCCGUUCUCCGUACUGUACCCGACCUGGCUGUACUUGUGGGUGGCGGUGUACGGGGUGUCCGAGUACCCGGAGGCCGGGCUCAUCUGUCUGGCGGCGCUGGGGGUCGUCCAUGUCCUCACCGUGCUGUCAGGCCUGUGGUCGGUGCACGCGCACUGCGCGCUCUCCUGCACUAAGGACCCCAAUCCAAGCACUGCCACCUUGGCUAAAGUUGUACCCACGCCAAACAAUGGAUCCGCGGAACUAGUGCCACUUAUCAGAGAAAAGAGUGAAGAUGGACAGGAGACACUUAGCUUUGAAUUCCAAAAAAUCAAGUAUUCAUAUGACUCGAAAGAGAGAAAAGAAUUCUUCCCGGUUGUAUUUCCCUUGGAGCGACCCCUGUCCUACUAUCAGAGCGCGAAGGGUUACGUGGAAGAGGCGGACAUUAAGGUUGCCGAGAAAACAUAUGGCGUCAACAAGGCGGAAAUGGUGGUGCCCGACUUCUUACACCUCUUCAAGGAGAGAGCCAUCGCCCCAUUCUUUGUCUUUCAGGUGUUCUGUGUGGGGCUGUGGUGUUUGGACGAGUACUGGUAUUACAGCGUCUUCACCCUCUUUAUGUUGGUGGCGUUUGAGGCCUCGCUGGUCCAGCAACAGAUGAGGAACCUGUCUGAGAUCAGGAAGAUGGGGAACAAGCCCUAUAUGAUUCAGGUUUACAGAAAUCGGAAGUGGAGGCCGAUCUCCAGCGAUGAGAUCAUCUCAGGAGACAUUGUAUCCAUAGGCAGAUCGGCCAAUGAGAACCUGGUUCCCUGUGAUGUGCUACUUCUGCGCGGGCGAUGUAUUGUGGAUGAAGCGAUGCUGACCGGGGAGUCUGUGCCGCAGAUGAAGGAGCCUAUAGAAGAUUUAGACCCCAAACAUGUUCUGGAUCUGAACACUGACUCCAGAUUACACGUCAUAUUUGGGGGCACGAAGCUUGUGCAGCACACUCCUCCCCAGAAGGCGACCAGUGGCCUCAAGCCGCUGGAUAAUGGAUGUGUGGCCUAUGUCCUAAGGACGGGAUUCAAUACUUCACAGGGGAAGCUCCUGCGCACUAUCAUGUUUGGAGUGAAACGCGUCACAGCUAACAAUCUGGAGACCUUCAUCUUCAUCCUCUUCCUCUUGGUGUUCGCCAUUGCUGCUGCUGCUUAUGUCUGGAUAGAAGGUACUAAAGAUGCCAGUAGGAAUCGCUACAAGUUAUUUUUGGAGUGCACUCUGAUCCUGACCUCGGUUGUACCUCCGGAGCUCCCCAUAGAGCUCUCGCUGGCAGUAAACACCUCUCUGAUCGCUCUGGCCAAACUCUACGUCUAUUGUACCGAGCCCUUUCGAAUCCCUUUUGCUGGUAAGGUGGAUAUCUGCUGCUUCGACAAGACCGGGACCUUAACCAGCGACAGCCUUGUGGUGCGGGGUGUAGCCGGACUCAAAGAUGGAAAGGAUAUAACGCCCAUUUCUGACAUCCCCAUCGACACUCACAGAGUAGUGGCCACUUGUCACUCUCUAGUGCAGCUGGAUGAUGGCACGUUGGUGGGAGACCCACUAGAGAAAGCCAUGCUGACGGCUGUGGACUGGGCCCUCACCAAAGAUGAGAAAGUUUUUCCUCGAGGCAUUAAAACCCAGGGCCUGAAAAUCCACCAGCGCUUCCAUUUCGCCAGCUCCCUGAAGCGGAUGUCUGUCCUGGCCUCGUACGAGCGGCCCGGCUCCACUGACCUGUGCUGUGUGGCCACGGUUAAAGGAGCUCCCGAGACACUCCACAAGAUGUUCUCUCAUUGUCCUGAGUAUUAUAACAGAGUGCACACUGAAAUCUCCAGAGAAGGGGCUCGCGUCCUCGCCCUAGGAUACAAAGAACUGGGUCACCUCUCUCACCAGCAGAUCCGGGAAAUCAAGAGGGAGACGCUGGAGUGUGAUCUGAGGUUUGCCGGCUUCAUUGUAGUUUCCUGCCCCCUGAAGGCCGACUCCAAAGCUGUCAUCAAAGAGAUUAAGAAUGCAUCGCACCAUGUUGUGAUGAUAACUGGAGACAACCCUCUCACUGCCUGUCAUGUGGCGCAGGAGCUCAACUUCAUUGUAAAGGAGGACACACUAAUCCUCCAGCCUAAAAGUGAUGGUAAAGGUGCCGGUUGGAUGUGGCAGUCCAUUGACGGCUCAGUAUCCCUGCCAGCUGUCCCAGAUUCUGUAGAAGCCUUCACUGAUAAAUACUACCUAUGCCUGACAGGGGAGGGCCUAUCCUACCUGCAGAACACGAGGGCUGGCCUGUUGUCCGCUAUCAUCCCACACACUCAGGUGUUUGCGCGAGUGUCCCCCAAGCAAAAGGAGUUUGUGAUUACCAGUCUGAAGGAGCUGGGCUACAUCACAUUGAUGUGCGGAGAUGGGACCAAUGAUGUGGGGGCACUAAAACACGCCAAUGUGGGGGUAGCGCUUCUCGCCAAUGCUCCAGAACGGCUGCCUGAGAAGAAGAGGAAGCCACGGGAAGCUGUGACAGACGGCAGACCUUCAGGACCUCCGUUCUCGAUCAACUCUAUCAAGCCCACUUCCAGAGCAGCGAGGAACCGGAUCAUGUCUCAGCGAGAGGAACAGCAGGCUCAGCAGAGGGAGAGGAUCAGCCAGGUCCUGAAGGAGUUGGAGGAGGAUCAGGUGCAGGUGGUGAAGCUGGGAGAUGCCAGUAUUGCUGCUCCAUUCACCUCUAAGCUGUCAUCCAUACAAUGCAUCUGCCAUGUUAUCAAGCAGGGUCGUUGUACUCUGGUCACAACGCUGCAGAUGUUUAAGAUCCUGGCGCUGAACGCUCUUAUCCUGGCCUAUGGGCAGAGCGUCCUAUAUCUGGAGGGAGUAAAGUUUAGUGAUUUCCAGGCUACGUUACAGGGGCUUCUCCUGGCCGGCUGCUUCCUCUUCAUCUCCCGCUCUAAGCCUCUGAAAUACCUCUCUGGGGAGCGCCCUCUGCCCAACAUCUUCAACCUGUACACCAUCCUGACCGUGAUUUUGCAGUUCCUCGUUCAUUUCGGAAGCCUUAUAUACUUAUACCAGGGAGCGCUUGAGAGAACUGAACUCAGAAAGGAGGAGUUUGUGGACUUGUAUAAAGAGUUUGAGCCCAGCCUGGUAAACAGCACGGUGUACAUAAUGUCUAUGGCGAUGCAGAUGGCCACAUUUGCUAUCAACUAUAAGGGUCAUCCUUUCAUGGAAAGCCUAAGAGAAAACAAGCCUCUGCUGUGGAGUAUUGUGCUGUCCGGUAUGGCCAUUGUUGGCCUCCUGUCUGGUACAUCUCCAGAGUUCAACGACCAGUUUGGCCUGGUGGACAUCCCUGUGGAGUUCAAGCUGGUUAUUGCCAAAGUCCUGUUUCUGGAUUUCCUUUUGGCCUGGAUGGUGGAUCGAAUCCUUCAGUAUUUCUUGGCGAGCUGUAGACUCAAAGUGCCUUCAUGAGUUCGGACAGCAAGGACUUUAACACUGCCCGCUACAAGACUCCACCUAUAGGUCAGCGUCCAGCCUUCAUUUCCCAAAGGCACCUAAGGCUCCUCAACGAGAGGAACUCCGGAAACCACAUUCUGAUGAUAAAGAAAACUCAACACUUGAAGACGUCACCACAUAUGCUCUGGACAUUACAAACUGAUCCUAUUUUUUUUUUGUUUUCUACUCGAAUUCGCUUUUGAAAAGCGCAAACGAUUUGUUAAAUAAACAGCAUUGUUGAAUUUUA